AUGGUGAAGGUGCACUACAAGAGAUAUCAUCAGUUGAGAAGAUCACAAGAGGUUGAGUUUGAUCAAGAAAAGGAGUCACUUGCUCUUGUGUUGUUCUGUGGCUUGAUUUUAGCUCCUCAGUUUAUAACCUCCCUCUCAACUUUUUCACUGUUGUAUUCAUUUGAAACAGAAGAUGAAGCCAAUACUGCCAAUGUAAAUGCUUCCCUUUGUUCAUCAGUCCCUAAUGGCACCAUAUGUUGUGAUAGAAUCAGCAUCCGCUCGGACAUUUGUAUCAUGAAAGGGGAUGUAAGAACACAAUCUGCUUCAUCCUCAAUCUUUCUUCAUACCUCAAACAACACAAAUGGUGAAGAAGAUGAUGGAGGUGAAAUCCAACACGAAACGAUCAGGCCAUACACCCGAAAAUGGGAAACGAGUGUAAUGCAAACCAUUGAUGAAUUAAACCUCAUUUCCAGGAACGCAAGUUUUGGUGUUGGACAUCACUGUGAUGUUCAACAUGAUGUUCCAGCAGUGUUUUUCUCCACAGGAGGUUAUACGGGCAACGUUUACCACGAAUUCAAUGAUGGGAUUUUGCCUCUCUACAUUACUUCUGAGCAUUUGAACAAGAAGGUUGUGCUUGUUAUUCUUGACUACCAUGACUGGUGGUAUACCAAGUAUGCAGAUGUUCUGUCACUUCUUUCGGAUUAUCCACCAGUCGAGUUUCAUGGAGAUAAUAGAAGUCAUUGCUUCCCAGAAGCCAUUGUUGGUCUAAGGAUCCAUGAUGAACUCACAGUGGAUCCUUCUUUGAUGAAAGGGAAUAAGAACAUUAGAGAUUUUCGGGACCUGCUAGACCGAGCUUAUAGGCCUCGCAUUAGAACUGUAAUACAACAUGAGGAACAUCAAGUCCAAUUGAAAAUGAAAGAGCACAAGAUCUCAAUUGAAAGAGCCAAAGAAAAGCAAGAAUCAAAGAAACCAAAGCUAGUCAUAAUAUCUCGAAGUGGUUCAAGAGUGAUAACUAAUCAAGAUUCAGUGGUGAAAAUGGCGCAACAAAUUGGCUUUCGCGUGGAAGUUUUGAAGCCUAAGGCGAAAACAGAGUUGGCAAAGAUUUAUCAAGUUCUUAACUCGAGUGAUGUGAUGAUUGGAGUCCAUGGGGCUGCCAUGACACAUUUCCUCUUCAUGAGGCCUGGCUCUGUAUUCAUCCAGGUGAUACCCCUGGGAACUUCAUGGCCAGCAGAGACUUAUUAUGGAGAACCAGCAGUGAAGCUUGGACUGAGGUACAUUGGCUAUGAAAUUCUUCCAACAGAGAGCUCAUUGUAUGGUGAAUAUGAUAAAGAUGAUCUUGUUCUAUGCAAUCCAAGUACUGUGACACAAAGAGGGUGGGAAUUUACUAAGAAAAUCUACCUUGAUCGCCAAAAUGUAAGGUUAAAGCUUAAAAGAUUUGGGCAGCGAUUGGUUCGUGCCUACGAGUACUCCAUCGAGAGCAGGAACCAAAAUUUGAAAUUGUAG